AUGUUCAAAUUGACAAUUUUCGCCAGCUGUCUGGUGGCAGUAGCUAUUUGUUCCCAAGUGGCUGCAAGUGGUUGGAACUCUGGCGGUCACGGAGGAAGCUAUGGUGGUGGCUAUGGAGGUGGCCAUGGUGCCGUGAUAAUUUCAUCUAACAAGGGUUGGCCAUCGUCCGGAGGAUGGAACCAGGGUGGAGCAGGCUGGAGCCAAGGUGGAUCCGGAUGGAGCAAGGGAGGAUCUGGUUGGAAUCAAGGAGGCUCAGGAGGUGGAUGGUCCAAUGGUGGGGGUUACGCCAAGUCGUACAAUCAUGUCAACACUGUGAGCAAUGCAUGGCCAUCAACUGGAUCUUCUGGUUGGUCAUCUGGUGCAUCUUCCUGGCCAUCAAGUGGUGCAGGAUGGUCUGGAAAUACAGGUGGAUGGAGCAAUGGUGGAAGCACUGGUUGGCCAAGUUCCUCGGGUGGCAGCCAUGGAUGGACUGGAGCCGGAAAUGGAUUGAGCUCGGGAGGAGGAUAUAACAGCGGAAAUGGCUGGUCGACUGGAGGUUAUGGUGGAGGAAACGGCUGGUCGACUGGUGGAAGCAUUGGAGGACAUUCUGCUGGAUGGAGUAACGGUGGAUCUGGUAUAUGGAAGAGCUGGUAA